ACAAAUCCAUCUCAAAAACCUAAAAUAAAAUCAGACGGGUUUUCAUCCGGGACAGGAGGGUUUUAGGACUCCAGCAGCGAGAAGCAGAGGAGCCGCCGUAACCUGCUCUUCCCCUCCUCAAGCUCAAGGAUGCCUAAAUCGAAGCGUAAUAGACCUGUCACGUUAUCGAAGACUACGAAGAAGGGGAGGGGACACAAAGAAUCAAUCGUGAAUUCAAUCAGACAGGCGGUAGAAAGUUACAACUCUAUCUAUGUUUUUUCUUUCGAGAAUAUGAGAAAUCAAAAGUUCAAGGAAUUUAGGGAGCAGCUUAAGUCUACCAGCAGGUUUUUCCUUGGAUCGAACAAAGUGAUGCAGGUCUCUUUAGGAAGAUCUGUUGCUGAUGAAAUAAGACCUGGCAUUCACAAAGUCUCUAAGUUUUUGCAUGGAGAUACUGGGCUUUAUCUUUCUAAUUUGCCAAAAGAAGAGGUCCAAAGAUUAUUUGAAGAAUAUGAGGAAUACGACUUUGCAAGGACAGGAAGCUUAGCUACAGAAAAGGUGGAGCUUAAAGAAGGGCCUCUUGAUCAGUUCACACAUGAGAUGGAGCCAUUUCUGCGCAAGCAAGGGAUGCCUGUUCGAUUGAACGAAGGUGUGGUAGAGCUUGUCUCUGACUUUGUUGUAUGUGAAGAGGGGAACUCAUUGUCACCUGAGGCAACUCGUAUACUGCGUUUGCUUGGGAUUAAGAUGGCUACAUUUCGCCUUCACCUACUCUGCCAGUGGAGCCCAGAUGACUUUGAAUUUUAUAAAGAAGGGCCGUAUCUUUUGGAUGUUGAAUCAUCAUAGUCCCCUCCCAACUGCUCAUGUGAGUGUAAACAGUGUCUGGGGGUGUGUUCAUGCGCAUGUAUUAUACGAAUAGUUAUAGGUAGUACAACUUAAUUUAUGUUGAAAGCCAUGGUUAUUGGUUGAGAGAUGUUUGCCAGAUUGAAUCUGGUUGAAAUUUUGUUUUCAUGAUUUUGCUUUCCCUUGUGCUACGGUUUUGUAAUUUAUUCAGACUGAGUGGUAAACUUGUUUCUUAUUCUGUUCAA